AUGUCGACCUCAACACCCGAAGAGCUGCUUCGCAACGCCGAGAAAAAGGCCUCGGCGACGUCCGGUUGGUUCUCGUCCGCGACCUCCAAACUCGAGGAGUCCAUCGACCUCUUCAAAGCCGCCGCGAACAAGUUUCGCAUCGCCAACCGGUUCGAGGAAGCGGGCAACGCCUACAUGCGAGCUGCCGAGGUGGAGCUCAAAACCGGCGAAAAGGACUAUGCGGCCAACACGUUUUUUGAAGCGCAAAAGUGUUUUAGGAUGUCGAGGCCGGAAUUGGCGGUGGUCGCGCUCACCCGAGCAAGAGAGAUCCUCAUCGAGAGGGGGCGAUUCAGACAGGCUGCGGAUCGAGAAAAGGCGGUCGCGGAGCUGUGGAAGGGCGAAGGGGCCGAUCCGGAGCGGGCGCUCGAGGCGUAUGAACAGGCGGCAGCAUGGUACUUGCAGGAAGGGGCGAAUGCGACGGCGAGCGGGUGCUACAGGGAGGCAGCGAUGCUCGCCACCGAUCUAGGAAGGUUUCCACAGGCAAUCGAACGGUGGGAACAGGUCGCCAGCAUGUCCCUGGAAAGCAAUCUGACGAGGUACAGCGUCAAGGAUUACUAUCUCAAUGCGGGCAUGUGCUACCUCGCCAUUCCGGACUACGUGGCCGCCGUACGAGCGAUGCAAUUCUACGCAGAACAGGACCCCACAUUCCCGACGACCAUGGAGGGCCGAUUCCUCCACUCGCUCGUCCAGGCGUGCGAAGAGGGCGACCUGCAAGCCUUCGACGGGCGCGUCCAGGAGUACGACCGAACCAAGAAGAUCCAGGGCUGGCAAGCGUCCCUCCUCCGAGCGGUCAGGAAGGGUGUUCAGGACGAACCAGAUCUCUCUUAG